GGCCGGCCGAGAGGGAGCAGCCUGCUUUCUCCGGAGUCCGGGGCAGCCAAGGACUGAGCUGAGCAGGCGAGCGCGGUGCCUGCGGGAAGCCGGGGCAGCAGCAGCCUCAUCGCACCAUGCGGGCCUCAGGAUUGUGCCAAUGAGGACCUAAGGUGCCUUCCUGCUGACCGCCCCAGCCUGCAGUGACCAUGGCCCUCCGUAAGAGGAGUCCCCAUGGCCUGGGCUUCCUUUGCUGCUUCGGAAGCAGUGACCUUCCUGAGAUCGACCUCCGGGACAGCCAUCCAUUGCAGUAUCUGGAGUUCUCCAGUCCCAUCCCGAACCCAGAGGAGCUCAACGUCUGCUUUGCAGAGCUGGUGGAUGAAUUGGACCUCACAGAUAAAAACCGGGAGGCUGUGUUUGCACUGCCACCAGAGAAGAAAUGGCAGAUCUACUGCAGCAAGAAGAAGGAGCAGGAGGACCCGAACAAGCUGGCAACCAGCUGGCCUGAGUUUUACAUUGACCGUAUCAAUGCCAUGGCCACGAUGCAGAACCUGGAUGACACUGAAGACGAGGAGACAGACAAGAGGAGCCAAGUCGUAGAAGACCUGAAGACAGCCCUCCGGACACAGCCCAUGAGGUUCGUGACCCGCUUCAUCGAACUGGAAGGCCUGUCCUGUCUGCUGAAUUUCCUCCGGGGCAUGGACCAUGCCACCUGUGAGAGCCGCAUCCACACGUCUCUCAUCGGCUGCAUCAAGGCUCUGAUGAACAACUCCCAGGGACGGGCACAUGUCCUGGCACAGCCCGAGGCCAUCAGCAUCAUCGCCCAGAGCCUGCGAACAGAGAACAGCAAGACGAAGGUUGCAGUGCUGGAGAUCCUGGGUGCAGUGUGCCUUGUGCCUGGAGGCCACAAGAAGGUCCUACAGGCCAUGCUACACUACCAGGUGUAUGCAGCCGAGCGCACUCGUUUCCAGACUUUGCUGAACGAACUGGAUCGCAGUUUGGGCCGGUACCGGGAUGAGGUAAACCUGAAGACAGCCAUCAUGUCCUUCAUCAAUGCUGUCCUCAAUGCUGGCGCUGGAGAGGAUAACCUGGAAUUCCGCCUCCAUCUCCGGUAUGAGUUCCUGAUGCUGGGAAUCCAGCCAGUGAUUGAUAAGCUCCGGCAACACGAGAAUGCCAUCCUGGACAAGCAUUUAGACUUCUUUGAGAUGGUCCGGAAUGAGGACGACCUGGAGCUAGCCCGGAGGUUUGACAUGGUCCACAUUGACACGAAGAGUGCCUCCCAGAUGUUUGAGCUGAUCCACAAGAAGCUGAAGCACACGGAUGCCUACCCCUGCCUGCUCUCCGUCCUGCACCACUGCCUGCAGAUGCCUUACAAGCGGAACGGUGGCUACUUCCAGCAGUGGCAGCUCCUGGACCGCAUCCUUCAGCAGAUCGUCCUCCAGGAUGAGCGAGGUGUGGACCCUGACCUGGCCCCACUGGAAAACUUUAAUGUCAAGAACAUCGUCAACAUGCUCAUCAAUGAGAACGAGGUGAAGCAGUGGCGAGACCAAGCAGAGAAGUUCCGGAAAGAACACAUGGAGCUCAUGAGCCGGCUGGAGAGAAAAGAGCGGGAAUGUGAGACGAAGACACUGGAGAAGGAAGAGAUGAUGCGGACGCUCAACAAGAUGAAGGACAAGCUGGCCCGAGAGUCGCAGGAGCUGCGCCAAGCUAGGGGACAAGUGGCAGAGCUGACCGGCCCUGUGUCUUCCCCCCCUCCCCCUGGAGGUCCGCUCACCUUAUCUUCCUCCACAACAACCAACGAUCUGCCUCCACCCCCGCCUCCUCUCCCCGUUGACAACUGCACCCCCCUCACCCCACCACCCCUCCCUCCCGGAGGACCUCCCAUCCCCCCAGGUGCCCCACCCUGCUUCAGCUCAGGCUUGCCCCCACCUCAUGAACCCCUCUCCAGCAAUGAAGCCCCACUCAGGAAAAAGCGCAUCCCCCAGCCUUCACACCCAUUGAAGUCCUUCAACUGGGUCAAGCUGAAUGAGGAGCGUGUCUCCGGCACCGUGUGGAAUGAGAUCGAUGACUCGCAGGUGUUUCGGAUUCUGGACCUGGAAGAUUUUGAAAAAAUGUUCUCGGCAUAUCAGAGGCACCAGGGUUGCAUGCAGGAGGGUGCCCAGAGAGAGAGAGGAAAUGUGAGAGAUGGAGGGACCGCCAGCAGAUCUCUGCCAGCUGCCGAGGCGAAUGACCACAGAACUGAGAAGGCUUCUAGGUCUAUGGUAUCAGCUACAGGUGUCAAGAAAGAACUGGGCUCCACGGAGGACAUCUACCUAGCCUCCCGCAAGGUUAAAGAGCUGUCCGUGAUCGAUGGCCGGAGGGCCCAGAACUGUAUCAUUCUUCUGUCCAAGUUGAAGCUUUCUAAUGAGGAGAUACGACGGGCCAUCUUGAGGAUGGAUGAACAGGAAGACCUCGCUAAGGACAUGCUGGAGCAGCUCCUCAAGUUCAUACCGGAGAAGAGCGACGUUGACCUCCUGGAAGAGCACAAGCAUGAGAUUGAGCGAAUGGCACGUGCAGACCGCUUCCUCUAUGAAAUGAGCAGGAUCGACCAUUACCAGCAGCGGCUACAGGCCCUCUUUUUCAAGAAGAAGUUCCAGGAACGGCUGGCUGAGGCCAAGCCCAAAGUAGAAGCCAUCCUGCUGGCCUCCCGGGAGCUGACCCUCAGCAAGCGUCUGAAGAAAAUGCUGGAGGUGGUCCUAGCCAUCGGCAACUUCAUGAACAAGGGUCAGCGUGGGGGUGCCUAUGGGUUCCGGGUAGCCAGCCUCAACAAGAUUGCUGACACCAAGUCCAGCAUUGACAGGAACAUCUCUCUACUUCAUUACCUGAUCAUGAUCCUGGAGAAGCACUUCCCGGAUAUCCUGAACAUGCCCUCAGAGCUGCUGCAUCUAUCCGAGGCCGCCAAGGUCAACCUGGCAGAGCUGGAGAAGGAGGUGGGCGCUCUCAGGAGGGGCCUCCGAGCAGUGGAGGUGGAGUUGGAAUAUCAGAGACAGCAGGCACGGGACCCCAAUGACAAGUUCGUCCCUGUCAUGAGUGACUUCAUCACUGUGUCUAGCUUCAGUUUCUCAGAGCUGGAGGAGCAGUUGAAUGAGGCCAGGGAUAAGUUCGCCAAGGCACUGGCACACUUUGGAGAACAGGACAGUAAGAUGCAGCCGGAUGAAUUCUUUGGCAUCUUCGACACCUUCUUGCAGGCCUUCUUGGAGGCCCGGCAGGACCUGGAGGCCAUGAGGAGGAGGAAGGAGGAAGAUGAGAGGAGGGCACGAAUGGAAUCCAUGUUGAAGGAACAGCGUGAGAAAGAAAGAUGGCAGAGGCAGCGGAAAGUCUUGGUUGGAGGCACCCUGGAGGAGAGCGGCGAGUUCGAUGACCUAGUGUCAGCCUUGCGCUCUGGAGAAGUUUUCGACAAGGACUUAAACAAGUUCAAGCGCAACCGGAAGCGACCUGGAAACCAGGUCGCAGAGGUCACCCGCGAGCGGGCGAUAAACAGGCUAAAUUAUUGACUUUGGGACUGGGGACUCACCACAUAGCAGCAAGCCUGGAGACAGGGAUUAGGGGAGAGGAGUUGAAUAGAAGAAGCAGUGACUUCUAA